GAUCAGUUGAUACGUAGAAAAUUGUUUCACGAUUCUUUCUUGCUAUGUUACAAGAAGAGAAAUUGCAACGAACACGUGAUGUUCCAGGUGAAAUAAAAAUUUAUUCAGAUCCACUCCUCGGCCACGCAUGCGCUCGAAUGGCGACAGAGGUAUUGAGACGCAGUUCUGGGGGCGCUGAAAACUGUACCGUACCGUUUUCAGCAAUGAGAAUUCUUAUACUAUAAUAACAACGAGUUUACUCCCGUAUGAGUUUUCUUCCCUUUUGUUGGUUAUUACUAAAUCAAUAGACUACAUGUAGUUUAUUUUCGGGGAAGCUUCACGUACGCAUCCACAGCCACCACCACCAACAACAACAACAACAACAACAGAUUCCUCGUACAUGUAUUCGAAUGUAUCCCCAUUCGCAAGAAAUGACAUCGAUGACUUUUGAACAAGGCGUAUCGAUAUCCGAUCUACUUAAUCUGCCUCUUAAUCGGUAAGUUCGUAUUCUUCACAAAAAAGGUAAAGGGCCUGAAUGAUCGCUAAUUCCCGAUUAACGUAUACGCAACGUAUGCUAAAUGAAAUAAGACCAAAGUUGCUUUUGGUGUAGCCACGAGAACCAUGAAGUACAAUAUUAAUUUGUUUCGCAUUGAUUAUCCUAUGCAAAAGUUAGAUACUUUGGGGAUUGGUUAAAUACACAGAUGAAAGAUGAUUGCACAAUCAGUCAUAAACCUCCACACGUGUGGUAUGGAAAUUUAGUUACUAUGUCCUGGUGGGAUGAGUUAUGGCUAAGCAAAGGUUUUGCUUAUUCUCUGAAGCACAAGGUUACAGAAGAUGCAAUUCUUCCUGGCUGGCAAGUCACAGAUCUGUUCUUACUCGAACAAAUGCAUUCUGCUCUUGCAAUCGACGCGGAACUGAGCUCGCACCCUAUCGUUCAAACCGUUAACAACACCGACGAAGUAACUGCAAUAUUCGAUGAAAUAUCUUACAAAAAGAUGUCCUCGAUAAUUAGAAUGAUGGAGAAUUCCAUAAAACCAACUAUUUUUGAAAAGGAAAAUUACUUAGAUCUAAAGAAACUUAUGUACCAAAACUCGGAAGCCGCUUACCUCUCCAAAAUAUUACAAGAAUGCUCUCUGGAUAACUUGAACGUGACAGCUAUAACAGAUACGUGGACCAGACAGAAAGGAUUCCCAGUGGUGAACGUGAAGAAAUCUGGUAAUAAAUAUAUAUUGACGCAGAAACGAUUCUUGAUCGAUCCGAAUGCUGACUUUGAUUCAUCGGAAUCCGAAUACGGGUACAAAUGGACUAUUCCUAUUACUUACAUCACCAAUAAGAUAUCCACACCUAUUCUUGUGUGGUUCGAUAAAGAUGCCAAAGAUCUGGUGAUUGAAUUGGACGACCCAGUUGACUGGAUCAAGUUCAACGCAUAUGAAGUUGGAUAUUAUCGUGUUAACUAUGAACAAAAUGAGUGGAAUCCCCUUUACAAUAUUCUUCGAUGCCAACAUGAGACAUUGUCGGCGCUUGAUAGAGCGCAUCUUCUGGAAGACGUGUUCAGUUUAGCCUAUGCUGGGCAACUCGAUUAUGGUCUGGUUAUGAAUAUGAUGAAGUACCUGAAACGAGAAAGACACCCUAUUCCAUGGUGUGUGGCUUCCUCAAAGUUAAUGUACAUCUUUUCUCUCUUGAGGGAUGGGGGCGUUUUCCCGAAGGCAUUCAAGAGAUAUGCGGGAGACUUGGUAGACGGCAUAUACCAUGAAAUAGGAUGGGGAUUGAAGGAAGUAACAGACGCUAAAAACAAAGAUUAUACAGAUAUAAGACUUCAAAAGACAAUCUUGGAAUUCGCCCUCGCUGUGGAACACAAAGAUUGUAGUCUCGCAGUCAAACGAAUAUUCAUAAAAUAUUUCUUUCCUACGUAUGAUGAAGAUCGAAUAGAACACGUUCCAGCAAACCCUUAUAUUCGUGAUCUUUUCAGUUAUUACGGAAUGCAUUUCAUUGGCGAUAUAUCAGCAUGGGAAAGUAUAUUCAAAAUAUAUAAAGCUGAGAACAAUAGGAUAGAGAAACUGAUGUUGAUGCGUACGCUCACCGCGAUUAAAGACACUUCGAUUUUGGAACAAUUCAUCGUAACGGCCACAGACGAGAAAUACGUCGCCGUCCAAGACUUCCUCGGUUGUUUAAUCGCCAUGUCGGAAAAUCCCGUAGGAACACCAUUAGUCUGGGAAUGGGUGCGCUCCAAUUGGGAGUUCCUAGUGGACAGAUAUACCCUGAACGACCGGCAUCUCACUUCGUUGAUCCCAUCAAUCACGAAGACGUUCGCCACACAGACAAGUUUAGACGAAAUGGAAUGCUUCUUCGCCAAGUAUCCCGAUGUUGGCGCUGGCGCCAUGCAUCGCGCCAAAGCAUUAGAGACAGUAUCCAAUAACAUAAAAUGGCGAGCCAGAUCGCGUAUGAAGCUGGGAACAUGGUUACUUCGAUACAGAGUAGAAAAGUGAAGAAGGUCGAUAUAAAGACACUUGUUAUUAUGGCAAAUCAUAUCAAAAGCAUGUAAAAUUCUGUCUUAAUCGACAGAAUUUGCAAAGGAAAGAAGAAGUUUUACAUGCAAGAAGGUACUGUUAUGAAAGUGAGAAGAAGAAUAAGAUUUACGUUUGUUUUUUGUUUUUAUUUUGUUAAUUUAAUCUAAGAAAGAAUAAAGAGAAGGAGAAAUAUGUUGUGUAAUUUCUUGCAAUAUGAAAAUUUAUUUUUAGUUAGUUUAGUUGAGUUAGUAUCGUGUAAGAAAGAGAAAUAAGUGCAAGAAUUUCAUUAGAAGAUAAUUGUUUCAAGAAAAAAAGAACAAUACUUUUACAUGUAUAUUAUAAUACAACAAUAUUUAUACUUAUUGUAAGCAAUCUGUGUCGUUUCUUUGAUAAAGAAAACAUCCUGAAGCAAACGAAGUUGCUCGUCGUUUCGACGAAUGAAAUCGAUGCUAUGUUUUGUUCCACGGAUCAAAGGGUAAUCAACAGGAUAAAUCGAGCCAUUAUAAUUGUUCUUCCCUCCCGGAUCGUACAAUUGGAUUCACUUCUAUUGGACGAUCAUGAUCAACGUUGUCAACAAAGACAUGCGGAACUUUAAUUCAUCCUGUCCGUCGCGUUUCCGUGUCUUCGUGACUUUAUAGAACGUGUUUUACCUUCGCCUGUCUUCCACGGUUAAUGGCUUGACAUAUAACCGUGUUCUAUAUCCGUCAAUAUCGUCAGUUUAGAGUAGUCCACACUGAAAAGGGCAACUAUUAAAGUCACUGCAUAGAAUGAGAUGUUAGCUUUGUCGAGCUGCGGAAGUUUCUACUAGAAUUGAAAAUAUUGUAGACGAAUAACUGUAUUAGCGAGAAAUUAUAUUGUCAAUGAUUUUUUAUUUCAU